AUGUACAGUAUGCUAUCAGCCGCCCAGCAGCAAAGGCGCAGGCGGGGCGGACUGGACCUGCAACGGGGACAGAUCGGGGACACGCGGCGGGGGGUUUGGUGCUUUCCUCCGGGGAACCGCGAGCCGACACGCAGCCUCUCCGAUGAGACGAGAGCGAGCCUGACACGCCGAGUGACCCAAACCAAAGCUCUGCGGUCAGAUCUCUCUCUCUACCCGGCUUCAAAAGGAGGCUCUACCUUUCCUCUGUGCCAAAGAAACAAAAAGCCACAAAUAUCCGUCAUCGCCGCAGAGAUGCUGACUGACAGCAGGAAACGACACCGUAACUGUGACAGUGAGGAGGACCAGCAGCUGAGUUCUCAGGCCAAGAGGUCAGGGGGGGGUCCCAGCCUGCUCCUGUCAGAUCUGGAUUCAGAGUCUUCCAGCAGCGACAGCAGCAACGGGAUCAGCAGUCCAGAGAGAGCGCUGGUGGCUACCACCAGGCCAUGCAUACACAGCCAGAACCACUGCAUCACCCAGUGCCCCCCCAGCCCAAAGCCCGAAGACUCCGGUUGUACCUUGCAGCGCGGUUUCCAUGGCGACGGCAGCAGUGUCUCCUACGACCACAUCAACAGAGUCCUGAGGGAGGCGCACUUCAACAGUCUGCAGACCAGAGGGCGUCCGGGCUCAACAUGACCGUUGACCCCUGAUCCCCCCCCCCUCCUGACCUCCGGGGCCACCAGUGCUGACGCUAUUAGCGCGGUGGCUCCUCCUUGAAAGCCUCAAGGAACCCAUUAGGGUCAGGGGGGGGGGGGGGGACGAUGUGUGGGGGAUGAUGUGUGGGGAGGUUUACAGAAUUUUGGCACAGCGGCUCAUCCCCCACCUCACCAUGUACCAUUUGUCGAGCCCAUAAACA